ACUGAAAGCUCCACAAGCACACUAUAAAUAUUUUUUAUUUAUUUCUAUUACAAUUUUAUUAAUUUUUUUUUUUCAUUUCUUUUACUCUCUGAAACUUACUCUACGUGUCUCUCAAAUCCCUUCUCCCUAGAUCCAUGUCUUCCUUCUUCAAGACUCGGAUCAGUAUCUAGGGUUUUCAAAAUCUUUCUACGCACAUUUUUUUUCUUCUUUUUGUAGCUUUACUUCUUCGACGGACCAGUGCAUUUACUGCUCAAGAAGAGCCGUUAUCAAGGUACUGUUUAAUGAAGAUUUAUUAUGUUUAUUAAUGAAGAUUUUUGCAUUUUGGUUUCGCAAUUUAGGGUUUUACCUGGUAUGGAGGACUGCGUUUAGUUCUUUACCCGUCCAGAAUUGAGGUUAUGCUGGAGAACUAGCAUUUUGGGAAGUUGUGUCAUGACUCUCACUUUAUUGUCUGAAGAUUUUGAAGAUUCUUGGUUCUGGGUUGGUGAAAUAUGAGGUUAUUUUUGCUUCUUGCUAAAUAGCAUUGUUCGGUUGGAAAUGAGUUUCGUUUGAAGUAUUUAUCUCUGUGGUUGACGGGAUAUGCUUGUGGGAUGAGUUGAAUUCUGGGUUUUAGUUGGACAAGUUUUGCUCUGUAUCUUUUGCAAAUGUUGUCAUGGGGUUUUGGAAUUCAGUUCAGGGAUUACGUGUAUGAAAGAACAGAAAUACUGUGUUGUAAUGUGUAAGAGUUGAGGGUAGGUGAAUAUUGGUUCUAAAGGAGGAGAGUCUUCCUGGGGUUGGUCUUGGUGCGUGAUGGGUUGCAUCUGUUGCAAGCCCUCUGCUAUUGAUGAUAGCAAGGAGAGCCCCAGAGAGCGGUUAUCAAGCAAGGCGUCAUCUGAUUUGCGUGCUGCUAGGGUAGCUUCGUCAAGGAGAGAGGAAGCAUAUCGAGCCAAAGAUCGAUACGACAGUAAUAAUGGAAGAGCGAUGUUGAUUGAUAAACAAAUAAAUGGGCCUGUUCGAUUACAUGGGGAGAAUAAUGAGAGAAAGAGAGAGAAGAUGGAAUAUUUGGUUGCUCAACAUCCAGGCACAGGUAGCAUUAUUAAGGCUUCUGAAGGGGAGCAAAUUGCAGCUGGGUGGCCAUCUUGGCUAGUUGCAGUGGCUGGGGAGGCUAUCAGGGGAUGGGUGCCACGCCGUGCAGACUCAUUUGAGAAGCUGGAUAAAAUUGGCCAGGGAACUUAUAGUAAUGUCUAUAGGGCUCGUGAUCUUGAUCAAAAGAAAAUUGUUGCUUUGAAGAAAGUGAGGUUUGACAACCUGGAGCCUGAGAGUGUUCGGUUUAUGGCGAGGGAAAUUCAUAUUCUACGUAGGCUUGAUCAUCCAAAUGUAAUAAAACUAGAAGGUCUAGUUACAUCAAGGAUGUCUUGCAGUUUGUACCUUGUAUUUGAGUACAUGGAACAUGACCUAGCAGGUCUUGCUUCACACCCUGGUCUGAAGUUCACUGAAGCUCAGGUUAAAUGUUACAUGCAGCAACUUUUAUGUGGACUCGAUCAUUGUCACGGUCGUGGGGUUCUGCAUCGUGACAUCAAGGGUUCCAAUCUUCUUAUUGAUAACAAUGGAAUAUUAAAAAUUGCGGACUUUGGUCUGGCAAGUUUUUUUGACCCCCAUCAAAAUCAGCCUUUAACAAGCCGUGUUGUAACUCUUUGGUAUCGUCCACCUGAGCUCUUACUUGGUGCCACAUACUAUGGGACUGCUGUAGAUUUAUGGAGUACAGGUUGCAUACUUGCUGAAUUAUAUGCUGGCAAACCUAUUAUGCCUGGAAGAACAGAGGUGGAGCAGUUGCAUAAAAUUUUCAAGCUUUGUGGCUCUCCUUCUGAAGAUUACUGGAGAAAAUCAAAGUUGCCUCAUGCAACAAUAUUUAAGCCCCAGCAACCAUAUAGACGCUGUGUUGCAGAUACCUUUAAGGAGUUCCCUGCACCGGCUUUAGCACUUAUGGAGACCCUGCUUUCCAUAGAUCCAGCUGAUCGUGGAUCUGCGGCUUCUGCUCUCAAGAGUGAGUUCUUUACAGUGAAACCUCUUCCAUGUGAUCCUUCAAUCUUGCCGAAGUAUCCUCCUAGUAAAGAAUUUGAUGCAAAAGUACGGGAUGAAGAAGCUAGAAGACAAGGAGCAGUAGGAAGCAAGGGCCAGAGAAUUGAUCCUGAGAGGAGAACAAGAGAGUCCCGAGCCAUCCCUGCACCUGAUGCCAAUGCCGAAUUGGUUAUGUCAAUGCAGAAAAGGUGUCAAUCCAAUUCGAAGAGCCGGAGUGAGAAGUUCAACCCUCAUCCUGAAGAAGUUGCUUCUGGUUUUCCAAUUGAUCCACCUAGACCAUCGCAAGUAAGCACUGACCAGCAGAGCUUUAAUCACAAGAGAGCAUCACACUCUGGGCCAUUGACUCAUCGGGCUGCAUGGGCAAAGACUUCUAAGAACACAGAUGAGGCUCCAAAGGUUUCAGUUGGGGGUGACUUGUCAACAAUGUCAGGUUUAGUGGCAGCAAGGAGGAGUUUGCUUGCUGAAGACCACCGAGAUAGAUCUAGUUCUUCACAUCCUGAAGUUUCAAAAGUGAUGGGAAGGUUUCCAGGUUCGUUCAAGGAGGGCUCAGAUUCCUCACUGCAAGAUCAAAAGCCUCACAUACAGGCUGUAGGUCCUAAUAUAAAAGAAGAUGGAAGACAUAGCAGUAAAGAUCCUAUUCUUAUUGGCUAUGGAGCAAAAGGUCAUAAAAUUCAUUACUCGGGUCCAUUGCUGGUCCCUUCCAGUAAUAUGGAUCAGAUGCUCAAGGACCAUGAUCGCCAGGUCCAAGAAGCUGUUAGACGAGCGCGCAUUGACAAGGCAAAGGUCAGAAAAGUCCAGGUUGAAGGGAACCAAGUAUCAAGCAAUUCAUUGUAUGUUUCUGGUCGAUGAGCCAGUUGUUGUAGAAAGACAGAUGCCAGACAGACGAAGCAAAGAUCAUUAGGAAAAUAAUUUGGUGGGCGAUUUUUUUCCUUGUGAAAUUAUAGUUAGUCAUUGGUUGGGGGUUGUUCUUUUUUUUUUUUUUUUCUCUUUGUAUAGGGGCUUAUUCUAGAGGAUAGUUGGUGGCCUUCGUUAGGUAAAAAAGUAUCUCUCUCCUUCUCCUCCCACUUGUAGUUUGUUAUUUCCAAGAUGUGGCCCAUUAUUCUUGUAGAGCCUUUUUAUUAUUAGCCAAGAGCUAUAGAAUAUGUGGGAAAUAUUACGCUUUCUUUUUUGUAAUGAGAAGAGUAAGCAGGUAUUAUUGCA